CUUCGCGUUGUCUCUUCCGUCAAAAAAAGAAAGGACAAGGGCAGCACACCAACAACCUCCACUUCAUAAAGAACGGGUCUUGUUAUCGGAAUCCAUUCCACAGAUCAGUACAGUGUGAACGCAGUUUUUAUGAACGGGACCCAUUUUUUUCUGAAUGGAAAAGGCUACAUUCAAACGACAGCACGUCGGACAGAAGCGGCCUCGUCUCGCGCUCAAGUACAUCUCGCUCACCUCUCUCUUCCUAGUUUUAUGCUAACUAGCUAGCUUGCUACUGUAUUGUAUUGUGCAAGCCAGUGCGAGCAAUUAGUCCCCAGGAACGGUAGAAAUGCAUUACCUUUAAUGCUGGCGACAAAACUAGCGACGCAAAUCUUUUUGCAUAAAGUUUUUGAACCAAAUAUUUUCUGUUGACUUAUUUCUCUGCAGAGGUUGCGAGGCUUGGCGCUAACUGAACUAGCUAACCUUAGUAUAGGGACCUGAGUCCACGAUAGCUGACUUACAGUAAAUUGCAGGUUUCUAGCUUUCUAAAUAGUUGGUCAAUAAUUGCACGCUCAAGGUGAGCUGCUUGCUCCUGUAGAUUUGCAGUGCCAAGGGUUUGCAUGUACUUAUGCAGACCAUUUUCAGAGUUCACAUUAGUUUAUGAGCAAACUGUCACUUUCCGAAUAAGGAAAUGUAAAUGAACGUCGUUUGUUCAGCUCAUUGGCUAGCCAGAUAAACCAGCUGUAUUGUUUUUUGAUUCAAAGAUCUGUCUGCUCUCACAAGGCGCCUUGCAACCUGACCAUCAGCCUCAACAGCAAUUUGGAAGCUAAUCGAUCGUUCCCAUUGCAUUGUUAGCUAGCUAGCUACCGCGACAGUCCAGCACCGGCGGUCAAACUCGAAGACAAGAUGAUCCCGGACAAAGCUCCAAGAGAGGACGUUUUAUACGCUGCCGGAGACUUGAAAAAGGAGGCUCAUGUUCCCAGCUUCGAAAAAUACAAAGAACUGUAUAUAAAGUCCAUUGACAACCCUGAUGAGUUCUGGGGUGACAUUGCAAAGGACUUCUACUGGAAGACCAAGCAUACAGGACAGUUUCUGGACUACAACUUCGAUGUGACAAAGGGUGAGAUCUUUGUCAAGUGCAUGGAGGGGGCCACUACCAACAUCUGCUACAACGUCCUGGACCGCAAUGUCCACGAGAAGAAACUGGGGGACAAAGUGGCAUUCUACUGGGAAGGGAACGAGCCGGGAGAUGAGUCGACGGUCACUUACAGAGAGCUGCUCCAGCAGGUCUGCAGGCUGGCCAACGUCCUCAAGUCACAAGGAGUGAAGAAGGGGGACCGUGUGUCCAUCUACAUGCCCAUGGUGGUGGAGCUGGUGGUGGCCAUGCUGGCCUGCGUCCGUAUCGGAGCCGUGCACUCUAUAGUGUUUGCAGGGUUCUCAGCAGAGUCUCUGUGCGAGAGGAUCCUGGACUCCCAGUGCUGCUUGCUGAUCACCGCUGACGGCUUCUACAGAGGGGAUAAGCUGAUCAACCUAAAGGUCAUCGCUGAUGAGGCACUGCACAAAUGCAGGGACAAGGGAUACCUUGUCCAGAGGUGUAUCAUGUUGAGACACCUGUCCAAGGUGGAGGAGGCGGAGGUGACCCCACUGGGCUCUCAGUCUCCCCCGGCCAAACGUCCAUGUCCUGACCUGCAGCAGGACCCUCAGAGAGACCGGGUUAAGAAAACACGGCCAGUCCCUCAGGUGCCCUGGAACCCCAAGGUGGACCUGUGCUGGCACGGCCUGGUGUGUGUGGCGUCAGAGGAGUGCGAGCCCGAGUGGUGUGACUCUGAGGACCCCCUCUUCAUCCUCUACACCAGCGGCUCCACGGGGAAACCCAAGGGGGUGCUUCACACAGUCAGUGGCUACAUGCUGUACGUUGCCACCACCUUCAAGCUGGUGUUUGACUACCAGCCCAGCGACGUGUACUGGUGCACGGCCGACAUCGGCUGGAUCACCGGACACUCCUACAUCACCUACGGACCCCUGGCCAACGGGGCCACCAGCGUCCUGUUCGAGGGUUUGCCCACCUACCCUGAUGUGAGCCGGAUGUGGGAGAUCGUAGACAAGUACAGUGUGACCAAGUUCUACACCGCUCCUACUGCCAUCAGACUCCUGAUGAAGUACGGCAGCGAGCCUGUUACCAGGUGCAAGCGGACGUCCCUGAAGGUGCUGGGCACGGUUGGGGAACCCAUCAACCCAGAGGCCUGGCAGUGGUACUACACCGUGGUGGGGGAGAAGAGAUGCCCCGUGGUGGACACCUUCUGGCAGACAGAGACGGGGGGACAUGUGUUGACUCCUCUCCCGGCUGCCACGCCCAUGAAGCCAGGCUCUGCUACGUUCCCGUUUUUCGGCGUGGUGCCCGCCAUCCUGAACGAGUCCGGAGAGGAGCUGGAGGGACCAAGCGAGGGCUACCUGGUGUUCAAGCAGCCCUGGCCGGGGGUGAUGAGGACGGUCUAUGGGAACCACCAGAGGUUCGAGACCACCUACUUCAAGAAGUUCCCCGGCUACUACGUGACAGGAGACGGUUGCCGUAGAGACAAGGAUGGCUACUACUGGAUCACAGGGAGGAUAGAUGACAUGCUGAAUGUCUCAGGCCACCUGCUGAGCACGGCGGAGGUGGAGUCGGCCCUGGUGGAGCAUGAGGCGGUGGCGGAGGCUGCUGUGGUGGGCAGACCCCACCCCGUCAAAGGAGAGAGCCUCUACUGCUUCGUCUCCCUCCGAGACGGGGUCACCUACAACCGCUCCCUGGAGGCCCAGCUCAGGAAACAAGUGAGAGAGAAGAUUGGAGCCAUUGCGACUCCAGACUACAUUCAGAACGCCCCGGGGUUGCCCAAGACCAGAUCAGGGAAGAUCAUGCGCCGCGUGCUGCGCAAGAUCGCCAACAACGAGCGGGACCUGGGUGACGUGUCGACCCUGGCCGACCCGUCCGUCAUCGAGCAGCUGUUUGAGAACCGCAGUUGCUCCGACGUGUGACCCCGCCGACCCUAACCCCCGUCCCCCCUCACCUGCAGGGGGCGCCACAGAGCCCCGUCCACGCCAGGCCCCCUGUGGGGCUGGGCAGGAGCAGGGAGGGGCUGGAGGAUGUUUCAAACAGACCUGUUGAGCUGUUUGGGUUUUGUUUCACCACCACACCCUAGACCCCUCCCCUCUACAACCCUUUUCCAUAGCACUCUGGAUUCGAUGGACUUUAGCAAGAUGAGCGUCAUCAUUGUAGCGUUCUUGUUUCAUGCAGCCAGUCAGGCUGCUGAGUCACUGAAGUGUCCAGGGACGAAAGGCUGGAGGUUCUGUUGGGAUGGGGGGCCAUUUUUGUAGUCCUCAGCACAAAUGUGGCGUUGAAAAGACUACAUUUCCCUUCAGCAAACCAGGAAGUACCUUCUCCCCUGCUAUGAAGUACAGUUAAGUACGUUAGAUAGACGUCUGAAGUUCUAGUAUAGUUUUUUAUUUUCUCCCCCCCCAUUUUCUGUCUGCAUGUCUAAUUAAGGCUUGAAAUAGAAUUGAUUCAGCAUCCUUGUGUCCUCCUGCACGCUUCAAUGUUUUAAAGUCGUCUCAACGUGUGAGGCCUGUCUUUCCAGAGGGAGUGGUAGCCUGCACCAGCAGCACUGAGCUCAACGCUGGACUAGUCCCAAUUCACUAGCCUUCUACCAACUACCUCACACAUCCUCUCCUGCUAGUGUGUGGUUGGUGGUGGGGGUGGGCAUGUGAUGUGUGUUUUGUGUGCGUUACUUAAUAAUCCCAGGGUACAGACUGGGUCCAGGAAGGCUUCCCCAGUCACCACCCCCUCCUCCCCUGUGGUUGGAGGGCUGGAGAAUUGAGAUGGAGGUCUUAUCACUGUAUCCCAGGGUCUCCUUUUUCUGGGCUCGGACAAUGGUGACAAUGACCCUGACGAUUGUAUGGUCAGAGAUGGGCACCAACGCUGGACCUGAUGUUAAAUAGCUACUACAUUUAUUCAUAUUAGUUUUAAUUUUCUAUUUUUACAAUUUUGAUGUUGGGACUUAAUCGCAGUGUUUUUCCAUGUGCCAACAAAGUCAAAUUCUACCGGAUGUGGUUUGUAAUCUUGUACGUGUGAUAAGAAGCGAUCUGAUUUGAAAAGCGAUUCUCCUCGUCUGCAACGUUUGUGUUGGUGACGUUGCUGGGGCGAGACAAAAAGUUUGCCCUCCAAAUGAUUUUUUUGUUAUUGCAGUUUGAUUUUUGUUGCCCCUUUGUAUCAAAGCGACAUGCAAUAAUACCAGUAAAAUCACUGAGUGCUGCC